GUUCUCUGAGCAUGGGCACUGCCGCAUUCCUUUCUGCUUCCUGCCAGGGGAUGGGAAAUAUAAAAGGUGAGGCAGUGUCUUUUUUAAAAAUUUGAAUGCUGCUACCACUGCUGCGACAAGCUGCACUGGAGAGUGGAGGGAGCACACACAGUUGGAGAUAGAAGAUGGCAGAGGUUGAAAGCACAGUUAUAAACACCAAUGUGAAACAGAAAGACCCAAAUGAGGCGCUGGUCAUCGCCGUGACAACCAGGGCCAUCUUCAACCUGGAGGAGGAGCAUCAGCUGUUCCUGACAAAGGGCAAGGAAGAGUAUGUGAAGUAUCAGCAAGUCAAUGAGGAUAAGCCCUUGGAGCAAGGUACAGCCUUCGCUUUCAUUCAGGCCACGCAGUUUGUGAAUGAGAAACUCCUGGAGAGAAACCCAGAGGAGAAGGGCCUCUUUGAUGUCAUCAUCCUCUCCAACAACAGCCCAGAGAGUGGCAUGCGCAUCAUCAACAGUGCUAAGCAACAUGGUUUGGAGAUUUCCAAGUUUUGCUUUGUCAGCGAUGAAGAUUCCACCCAGUACUUGAAAUCCCAUAAUGUCAAGCUCUUCCUCUCGGCCGACAGGACGGACGUGUGCAAUGCACUCCAGCGAGGAGUGUCGGCGGCUCUCAUCUUCCAGCAGGAGGUGCAGGCCCCCUGCACCCAACUGCGAGUGGUGUUUGACGGGGAUGCCGUGCUCUUCUCGGAUGAGACAGACCGGGUUUUUCGAGAGAAGGGGCUGUCGGAGGCUCGGGAGUAUGAGAGGGCAAUGGAAGCCGUGCCCAUGGGGGAGGGUCCAUUGAAGGCAUUUGCCAUGCAUCUUGGGAAGAUGCGCAAGAAGUUCAGCCAGGAGAAUUCCCCUAUUCGCACCUACUUGGUGACUGCCCGCAGCGGCCGUGAUAUGGGCAUCCGUGCUAUCAAGACCCUCCGGGAAUGGGGGCUGGCGAUUGACGAAGCCUUCUUCAUGGACGGAGCUCCCAAGGGCCCUCUCCUCUCCCAGAUCCAACCCCACAUCUUCUUUGACGAUGGCCUUCAUAACAUCCAGGGGGCUCAGGAUAUUGGCAUACCCUCUGCCUUGGUCCCCUGUAACUGCUGAUGGGCAGGGAUGAAGGGGCAAAGGUCAUCCAAGGAUCAGGCCUCCCAAAAUGCAAUGGGAGAACACCAGGACAAAGCUUCUGCCAGAAGGGAUAAGGGAGGGUUUCUAAACCUGUGCUAAGCAAGCUUGGGGCAGAGGGAGAGAAGAUGCUGUGUGUUGACGUGGUGCUGGACCUGUUGCUCUUGGGUCCCUCUCUUAGUUCCAAAGACAGGGUCCAUCUGACCUUGGGGAUGUGGCAACAGAAGCCAAAAAUCCACAGGAAGGAAGGACUCUUGAAAUGUAACCAUUACGCCCAUCUCUUGAUCUGCCUUAGCCGUCUCUUCAAUGACUGCAACCCUUCCAGCCACUAGGGCUAAUGUGCUCCACUACUCGUGUCAUACGAGCACUGAAACCACAGCUCUAGCGAUGAGACCAUGUGAGCUGAAGACAGCAUGUCACUGUCGUAAGAGGCAGGCAGUGUAAGCUCAGGCUGCACUCAGGCAUGGGAGUUGGUCUUUGGGGUUUUGGGCCAGUACUGCUAUUCAAAUGCCAAGAUGCCCUCUAAACGCUGCAUUUGUUGGGGAUUGCGCUUUUUCAAAGGAAACUAUUUUUUUUACUGUGUAUGUUUUAUAUAUAUGGGGCCAAAUCCUGAGGGGUGCUGAGCAACUAGUGAGCACUUGCAUCUUCCGCUGACUUCAGCAGGAGUUCCAGAUGCUCAGCACCUCCCAGGAUUUGAGUGCCAGGGACCAGGAAAUCUGUCUUCUCAUAGUUUCUAGUUUGUAGGUAUGCCUUACAUUGGGCCUGAUUCUGAUCUCCCAUUUGGUGUAAAUCAGGAGUAACUCCACAGAAAUCAGUGGAAUUAUACCAGGGUAAGUGAAAUCAGAAUCCGGUCCAUAAUAUCUAGUAGUUAAUUUAAUGUCAACCUCUCUCUCUUCCACAUCUCUUUUCUGCUCAGUUCUCUCUUUUCCUGCCAGCCACGCAGCCUCUCUGCUCCUCUCCCCU